AUGUCAGACUUUCCGCGCGUAGACCUAUCCAGCGCAGCGGAUCUGGAUCGUAUACUAGACAAUAUCCGUGCGCACGCCUUGCAAAUGCUAUCAGAUCGAGUAGAGAGGGAACAUCAAGCUUCCAAAAGCAAGUCCUCCUCGUCUUCUUCGAGCAGAUCAGCUAUCGAAGUCGGCCAAAAAGCCAUCGACAUUUGGAUUGCAAGUGCGCGCAGAAGGCUAGAACUGAACAUCACUGCAAACGGUCUGACCUUUUCUCAGUUGGCAAGUCAAAAGACACCGGUGGCACCAUUCGAUCAAGUUCUUUCUCAGCGCGUACAGUCCUUGGCGGCCGAAUCGGACGAUUUGACUGCUCAGCUGGUCCACGCGAGAAGGACUGUACCGCAAAGAAGAGCAGACGCUUUAGCAGCCAGAGCCAACGUCGUCCGCACGCUUGCGGCAAAGGAAGAAGAGAAGAGGCAAUUGGUAGAGGAAGAAUGGGCAGAGAGGGACAAAGAUCAAGUCGAUCUGUCCCUCCCUCGAGCUGAAAGUGUGCGCAAAUCGCUGCUUGAAGCCGUCGGCUCCAUCGACGCUCUACAAGUGGCCCUGUUGGAACAGACCAGCGAAGCGCAAGAUCAUACGGAUCUGGUCAGACGUCUGAGAGGUUUGGCAGAGCAGGAACUGAAAGCUUGA